GACAACUGUGAACUUGGAAAAUAUGAGGUCAAAUCAUGACUUCAGUGAUCUUCAUGUCGGAAAGUCGGAGCUCUAGAAAGAGGCCCGACUUGGAAUUCCAGAAGUCUUGGACGUACUAAAGUCGGAAGUCGGAGAUUUCCGAGUUCCCAGUUCCCAGUUGUUUUGAACGCGGCAUCUCCUAUCUCCCUUCGCCGUGACGUAGGGGUGCCUGCACAAUCCAACAUGGAGUAGCGAGCGAUGGGGCUCUCGCGGGGCCACCCCUCGGUAACGCCAGUGCCCAUUCAGCAACGCUGAACUGGCCGUCGAAAACCGGCCCCCCAGAAUUUAGGAGGCACAUUUUUUACUUCACCGUAUUACCCUGAGGAUUAUAAACUUUCGGAGAGUCUUUAUUUUACACAAGCAACUGGUUGGCAUGACAAGAAAAGGACAGCAGAGAGAGACCUACUGUAGUCUAAGACUGAAGCAAAGAGCGUUGUGUAUUCACACAAAGGCAGCGGAAAGAUAGGCUUCUACGCGGAAUAGAAGGGAACGGACUGAGGAUAGGUGUUGAAAAAAAUGACGAGCAAAAAGCAUGCACCCGCAUUGGGAUAUUAUUUCAGGUGAAACGAGAAAAUGAUAGAAGAAACACACCCAAGCGACGACAGCUACAUCGUGUGUGUAAAAGCCGUGGUGAUGGUGAGGGAUGAUUCCAGUGGAGGCUGGUUGGUCCAGGACGGGGGGGCUCUGAGUAGAGUGGGAGUCUGCAGGGUCCUGCCCCCCGAGCCGGGGCUCGGACUCGCCCCCCUGGGUCGCUCCCACUUCGUCAUCCAUGGAGAACGGCUACGGGACAAACAGGUGAUCCUGGAGUGUGCUCUGAGAAAGAACCUUCUGUACACCAAGGCCACGCCCACCUUCCACCAUUGGAUGGUGGAAGACAGGAGGUGUGGCCUGACGUUCCAGAGGCCUGCUGAUGCUCGGGCCUUCGACAGGGGCGUACGGAAAGCCAUGGAGGACAUGGCAGAAGGCUCCACGACGUCCUCCUCAACACUCCAGAACGAGACAGAACUGGGCGACGUGUUCACCAAUGCCACAGACAGCUCGUCUAACUCCUCCUCCGAGAGACUGGAGCCCUGUCUGCAGCCACUGGACUCCUCCCCCCUCGCUGACUCAUCCCACUUACACAACAACUGCAUCCUGGGAAACGACCUCCACGAACCCUAUAGGUUGUCAGACCACUACUUCCUAGAUCUGCCUCUGCCCCGCAUCCCUCGCCACGUCACCUUCCAGGACGACGAGGAGAUCGUCAGGAUCAACCCCCGGGAACGUUCCUGGGAGCUCCCCUCAGAAUCCUCCUCCCCCUCGGAACUCCAUAUGGACCAACUAGAACGCUCCUGGCUCACGGGCUAUGAGGACUACCGCCACGCCACCGUGCGCCACAAAUACAUCCGCCCGCCAGACGACUCUGAGUCCUAUGUCCACUUCGCUAAGAGCGAGCCACACAAACACCACUAUAGUUAUCCCCUGGUAUCCACACCGGUAGAUUCCUCCGACCCCAAACCUACCUUCAGACCUUUACCCAAGAGGCACCACUACGCCGGCUUGGGUUCGCAACACCGCCGUCCAGGGGAUCAGGGCUUCGGUGGGGGCGUGGUCUCUAGCCAGCCCCAGCCCCUCCUCCCUGGCUCGUCUGAUGGACAGGACAAGAAGUCUGAGGAGGGCGGGGUUGGCGAGCGCCUGCAGUGCCAAUACUGCGGCGGAACGUUCUACGGCGGUAACAACCGACGGGGGCGCUGCCAGGAUGCGCCAGACCCGAUCAGGGCGUGUGUCCGGGGGGUCAGCUGCUUGUGGCUGGCCGACACACUGCUGUACCACUGCAUGUCUGACCCGGAGGGGGACUACUCAGACCCCUGCUCCUGUGAGGGGGGUGGCGAGGGGAGGCUGGGCACGCGCUGGGCAGCUCUGCUGGGGUUGUCCCUGGUGGCGCCGUGUCUCUGUCUGUACCCGCCCCUUCACGCCUGCCACCGGGCCGGGGUGGCGUGCGGGAGCUGCGGGGGCAGGCAUGAAGCCUCAAUGACAUAAACCCAAAAAACACAUGGAGGGGAGAGGGAGGGGGAGAAGAAGAGCGGUCCUAUGCCCCAUUUUGGUUUUGUGGUUUUGUUACUCUCCAGACGGACGUGUAUAUACAGCGUUGGCGUGUUGUGGCUGCCAUUUUGAAAUGGCUUAAAGAUUGAUAAGCUCCUUCUUGUGUGCUGUUCUUCUCUCUCUCCUCUUUCCACGUGACUGUCUUGUUCCCUCCAUUCCUGUUUGAGGGAGGGACUCUUUUUAUUUUUUAUAGCUGACUAAUAUGUCAUGUAUCACAUACAACCAGGUACUUUCUACUAUUUACACCGACUUGGUGUUGAACAACUUGAAUUGUUUAGUUUGCGUACGUUGUUGUCCUGCGUGGUUGUUUGCUCGGAGAGCCUGUUUGAUAUUAGACCUGGGUUCAUAUAGUAUUUGACAUUUUAUAAAAAAUAAUUUCAGUGUUUGUUCUAGCCGGCCUGAAGCGCCAGAUGGGCGGGGUUUGCCGUGUUUAGACUCCUAUUGGUUCAUUAAUCCAGGCGAGAUCAAUCAAGCACAGUUUUAAGUCUUUGAAAUGAUUUCAAAUAGCAUUUGAACCCAGGUCCUUUUUUUUUUUUGAUAGUUCUGAUUAUAUGCCACCAGGGCCGAUCCCAGCCCCCUCUGAACUGGCCUUCUGUCCCAAGUCCUUAGAGCAACAACUAGGAGAUAAGCCUAAAGCUGCUGUAGUGGUGUGUGUGUGUGUGUGUGUGUGUGCGUGCGUGUUGACUAAAGCCUCCUUUGGUGUUAGUAACAAAUGUUACCUCUUCACUACCCCAGUACAUUUCAUUUACACCAUCUUCACAUGAACUGCAAUAUCAGCGUUUAUAAAGGUUUGAGUUGGACCCUACAAUCAACCAGGAAACCUUCCCACUGAUUAAGUCUCGUCCUGGACUUAAAAACAUACUCAAUGGAGAAUCCAUAUUGAAAUGGCUUCUUAGUCCAGCACUAUCUUUCAUUUGUGUCCAGGAAGUUGGUGUGGAGCCUACUACACAGAGGUUCAACUUUAACCUCUCCGGGGAGAAUCAACAGGGACACAUCGAGUUUUGAUGUUUUGAAUCCAAAGAUCAUUUUUAAUUGUAUUUAUUUUCUCUAUGAAUUGCCCCACCAGCCGCAGGGUGGACAGACAGUUGGUAGGAGAUAGUGUUUAGAUACCGCAGGGCGGCAGGGUGGACAGACAGACAGACAGACAGACAGUUGGUAGGAGAUAGUGUUUAGAUACCGCAGGGCGGCAGGGUGGACAGACAGACAGUUGGUAGGAGAUAGUGUCUAGAUACCACAGGGUGGACAGACAGACAGACAAUUGGUAGGAGAUAGUGUCUAGAUACCACAGGGUGGACAGACAGACAGACAGUUGGUAGGAGAUAUUGUCUAGAUACCACAGGGUGGACAGACAGUUGGUAGGAGAUAGUGUCUAGAUACCACAGGGUGGACAGACAGUUGGUAGGAGAUAGUGUCUAGAUACCACAGGGCCACAGGGUGCACAGACAGACAGACAGUUGGUAGGAGAUAUUGUCUAGAUACCACAGGGUGGACAGACAGACAGACAGUUGGUAGGAGAUAGUGUCUAGGUACCACAGGGCCACAGGGUGCACAGACAGACAGACAGACAGUUGGUAGGAGAUAUUGUCUAGAUACCACAGGGCCACAUGGUGGACAGACAGACAGUUGGUAGGAGAUAGUGUCUAGAUACCACAGGGCCACAGGGUGCACAGACAGACAGACAGUUGGUAGGAGAUAGUGUCUAGAUACCACAGGGCGGCAGGGUGGACAGACAGACAGUUGGUAGGAUAUAGUGUCUAGAUACCACAGGGUGGACAGACAGACAGACAGUUGGUAGGAUAUAGUGUCUAGAUACCACAGGGUGGACAGACAGACAGACAGUUGGUAAGAGAUAGUGUCUAGAUACCACAGGGCGGCAGGGUGGACAGACAGACAGACGGUAGGAGAUAGUGUCUACAUACCACAUGGGUGAACAGACAGACAAACAGACAGACAGACAGACAGACAGACAGACAGACAGACAGACAGUUGGUAGGAGAUAGUGUCUAGAUACCACAGGGCCACAGGGUGGACAGACAGACAGACAGUUGGUAAGAGAUAGUGUCUAGAUACCACAGGGCGGCAGGGUGGACAGACAGACAGACAGACAGUUGGUAGGAGAUAUUGUCUAGAUACCACAGGGUGGACAGACAGACAGUUGGUAGGAGAUAGUGUCUAGAUACCACAGGGCCACAGGGUAGACAGACAGACAGACAGUUGGUAGGAGAUAGUGUCUAGAUACCACAGGGUGGACAGACAGACAGACAGUUGGUAAGAGAUACUGUCUAGAUGCCACAGGGUGCACAGACAGACAGACAGACAGAUAUGCCAGUUGGUAGGAAAUAGAUAGACAGUGUCUAGAUACCUUCUCUAAAGCCAGGAACACAUUUAGGAUGAGUCCCAAAUGGCACCCUAUUCUCAUAGGGCCCUGGUCAAAGUAGUGCACUAUAAACUGAAUAGGCUGCCAUUUGGGACAUAUACUUAGCCUUUAAAAAAAAAGUUUCUGUCAAAUCUGAGGUGUGUCAAUGUGGGAUUUAUCUCACCACUUGAGGUUUGAAAACGUCUGACUAUCGUAGAUGUUUGUGAAGCACUACUUUGAGACAUGAAUGUUACUAACAUUUGAUACAGUUUGAAAGUUGAAAUGUACCUGCAGGAAAUCAACUGUAUAUGUAUCUAAUAUAUGAGAAAGGAAGUCAAACUCAAUGGGACUUUUCUAUUGAGAAAAUGAGUCAAUGAUAGAUUAUUAUUAUUAUUAUUAUUAUUAGCUUAUCAGCAUCGUGUACUCUCACUGAGGACCUAUAAGAAGCAGUUUCACCUUUGUCCCGCCCCCUUCUCACCAGUCACACACCUUUUCUCAUAUGAUUGACACUGCAGCUAUCCACUCCCAACACUCCAUCCACAAUGUUAAAGCCCAACACUAAUUGGGGCGGCAGGGUAGCCUAGUGGUUAGAGUUCAAAUCCCUGAGAUGACAAGGUACAAAUCUGUCGUUCUGCCCCUGAACAGGCAGUUAACCCACUGUUCCUAGGCAGUCAUUGAAAAUAAGAAUUUGUUCUUAAAAAAUAAAGACAAAAUAAAAAUAAAAACGAGGGCUGGGGUCCGUUCAAGAGGGGGCGAUGUUCUGACAAAAUGUUUCUGAUUUAGUAAUGAGACGGGUGGACAUGGUUCUGUCCCAGGUUCCAGUCUAUUCUACACAAGGUAGAAGUAUUCAUUAGGUACUGAACGGAGGAACAACAGACUGCAACGGGAAGAGACGACCUGGACUCCAAUAAGAAGCGGUUAAAGUUUUUUUCAAACGUUUCAGUUGCAUGUCCUAAUGAGUACAACCCUGUCAACUAACGUGUCCGUUGGGUCCAUAGAAAUACAACGGUGCGUUGUCAGGUAUGUAAUGUCAACGCUCCUCUCAAACCUAAAUGGUUGAAUGAAUGUGUUGUUCCAGACCAUGUUGCUGUAGAACGGGAUUUGACACAUCUGUUGUUGUCUGAAAGCUUCUAAUGGGGAAGGUUGUUUGGUAACACGUUACGUAAAAGCCAACUGGUAUAAUGCCUUAUAACCUGUUAUAAGCAUGUAUGCACCUUUAUAAAAGUGUCACAGGCAUUAUAUGUUCGUUCA